AUGGUCAGCUCAAAGCCCGUAGCCAUCGUCGUGGGAGCUUCUCGCGGAAUCGGUCGCCAAGUCGCCGUCGAUCUGGCUACCAACGGCUACGCAGUCGUCGUGGCAGCAAAGUCCAUCACGGACCCUUCCAAGCUCACCGAUAAAACCCCCAAUCCAAAAUCCAACGACUCAACCAUCACCACCGUCGCCCGCGAAAUCACCUCUGCCGGCGGCGAUGCCACGCCCAUCCAGGUCGACGUGCGGUCCGAGGAGAGCGUGAAUGCCCUCGUCGCAAAGACCAUUGCUACAUACGGCCGCCUCGACGUCCUCGUCUACAACUCGGGCGCCAUCUGGUGGGCUUCCGUCGCAAACUCGCCCCUCAAGCGCUUCCAGCUCAUGCAGCGCGUCAACCCCGAGGGCCUCUACGCCGUCGUCCAGGCCGCCCUCCCGCACCUCCGCCCUCACGGCCGCAUCGUCGUCGUCAGCCCGCCCAUCUACAGCCGCUUCUUCCGCGGCAAGACCGCCUACGCCAUGGGCAAGAUCGGCAUGAGCGUCCUGACCAAGGGCCUGGCCAUGGACUUUCAGCGCGAAGGGCUCAAGGACAUGGCCAUUACAAGCAUCUGGCCCGCCGUGAAAAAUCCCGGCGAGGAAAAGGACCUCCGCAAGCCCACCAUCUUCUCCGACGCCAUCCUCGGCAUCCUGCGCUCCCCCGCCGAAAAGGUCAACGGCGAGCUCGUCCUCGACGAGGACUUCCUCCGCGAGCACAUGGGCGUCACCGACUUUGCAAAGUACAGCGUCGUCCCGGGCUCCAGCCCGCGCCGCAUCAUGCCCGCCCGCCUGCCCGACCUGACCGUCGCCGAGCAGGACGACGAGGGGCAGAGGGUCGAUAGCGCUACUAAAUCGAAAUUGUAA